GACGCUUUACGGCAGGGAGCAAUCUUCCACAUGGCCUUCACCAACAAGACGGACACGGCGCUGUGUGUUUGAGGGUUUGAAGCGAACGCCGAGGUGUGGACGAGGCCGUGACAUAAUAGGCACUUUAAUAGGAUUUUUUUUUAAAAAUGGGUAAAAGCAAAACCACUAAAUUUAGACGUCAGCAGUUCAACGCGGUUGGUUUGCCGGUAAACGCUGUAAAGGAAGCGGACGAUGAAGCGGACGAGGGUGAUGACGGUUGUCCAGCUGCGGAGUUGCUGGAGAAAUUGCAGAGUCCGAAUGCAGACGUCCGCGAGUUUGCGUGUGCCAGCAUUUCUCGGGUGGUGCAGCAGAGCCACACCAUCCCUGCUUUCAUCCAGAGGGAUGCUGUGAGGCGCCUGGGGCCCAUGGUGCUGGACCGCAGCUUUGCAGUCAGGGAGACUGCCACAGGAGCGCUCAGGAAUCUGAGUGCAUGCGGCGGUCAGGAGGUGUGCGAGGACAUGGUGAAGCACGACGUCAUGACUCCACUGACAGCACUGCUUAGAGAGUGCUGUGCUGGUUUUGAGGGUGCUGCUCUGCCAACGAAAAAUGCGGUGGAAGAUGUGGCCAAUGAGGCUGUGAACUUACUGUGGAAUCUAUGUGAGAGCAGCAACCAGGCACUGUCUGUGUUUAACAAAGCGGGUCUGCUGGAUGUGGUUGUCCAGUGUCUGGAGAGACACCCACACAACAUGGGACUGGCCAUAUCUGCUGCCCACUGUUUGCACACUGUGACUGAGGAUAACCCUGAACUGCUCUGUAGCAUGAACACUGCGGUGCUGGGAGCCCUGGAGAAUGUGCUGUUGUCAUCUGAGGCCGACAUGCCACACAUUCUCCUCAGGACACUGGCUGCAGGGACACUGUGGAACAUGAAGGGCAGUCUCCCUGCUGCCCGUCAGACCGAGACCAUCAAUGCUGUGGUGGCCACCUUGUCACAGUGUUUGGAUCUAGAUGCAGGUACUAUUAUACCUGAUCUAAGAAAAGCAGAAGAGGUUCGUGACAGAAACACACCAGCUGCAACAGACACAGAAGACCAGACUGCAGGAGUCCUCGCUGUGGAGGAGAUGGAUGAAGAGGAGGAAGCGCCUAAGGAGAAGCAGAAUGGAAAGUCUGCAAAGGCUGAUAACGACUUCUCUGAUCUCUUGCCUAGGGGCAAGGAGGAGCUGAGGGAGGCAACGGCCUUGCUGACAGCCCAGCAGACGUCCUUGGAGAUCAUCGUCAACAUGUGCUGCUCUGAUGACCCGUCCGAUGAUGAGUGGGAAGAGGAGUCGAGCAGCGAUGAAAGCGACUUAGGUCCAGACAGUCUUUGCGAGGGGGUGUCCAGUCUGAUGUCCCCCCUGUGUUUGUCAGCUGAGGUUCACGGGGCCCUGAUUAGUCACAGCAUCCCUGCAAAGGUUCUUCGAAAGACAGAGUUUCCAAGAAAAGAAGCCAUGGAUGUGUGCUGUGACAAUUCCUCGUGGAGAACCCUGAUGAAAAAGAUGCAGCGUGUGCAGUCUCGGGCUCUGACAUGUCUCCAUAGCAUCCUUUCCAGCAUGGACGCAGAGUCUUUAGGAGGACGGAUAGCCCUGCAGGAUGUAGCGCAGCAUUUGUCCAAACUAGUUUUUGGUGCAGCAGAGAUACCCAAAGAGGAGGAGUUCCUUGAAGCAGUUAUCAGUGCCAUGCGGUCCCUUCUACAGAUGAUUGCCUCCAAAAAUAUCUCUCAGUGUAUGACCCCCCAGCAGCUGAUGAGCCUGAGCGAAGCGGCCACACGCUGUGAUGUUGUCAGUGUGAGGGUCAACGCUGUCGCCAUUCUGGGCAUCACUGGCAGCACAUUAGCCAAAGAGAAGGGCACUGCCGAAACCCUUCAGAUGAUUGGAAACGCCUUGCUUGCGGUUGCCACGAGAGAUGCCGACCUGGUUGUAAACGGAGAAGCCCUCGACGCCUUGUUUGAUGUUUUUGCGGAUGGAGACGAGGCAGAAAGAGCUGCUAAAAACAUUCAGCUGCUACCUGCACUGAAGUCACUUCAGCCUGUUUUUAAGGCCAAGAUUCGUAAAGAAGGAAGAGGCAAAUACAGCCCACAGCAGCUGUGUGUGCUUGACAACAUCAAAGUCAACCUGAGAAGAUUCAUUGGUUAUUUGGAGAAGAUGGUGAAAAAAUAAGGACUUGACUUCUUCACAUUCAUCAGACAAAGCAGUAUGACUGGAGAUAUUGUAUGCUAGCAGACGCAUACACUAUGGAACAUGAUGGUCAUACCAUAAAGUAUUUAUGUUGAUUUCAAAGUUUAUAUUUUCUAAACUCUAUACUGUUUACUUAGAUAAUUGGAAAUUUACUUGAGAAAGAAGAGUUGAAAUUUGCUGUAUUUGCUGUAUGUUGCAGCGAAACAAUUUCCCCCACAUUUAAGA